UUGACAGUUUGUAUUUAUUUCACCAACGUCAUUUCGAAUUAAUUUUACUGUAUUUUUCAAGUAGUACUCAGUGAAAAUGGGAGAAUGUUUUCCCACAGUCGCCAACAUAAUCACUUUCAGAGGAAUGGAUACAAUCAGUGUAGCGCCCGAAAGUCAAACAAAGUUGAAGUGUGUGAGUCCACCAGAUACUUUUGAUGUGGACAAAGGCAGCAAAUCCGUAAUGUGGAAUGGUCCGUUUCAACCCAAUAAAAGUUCAAUUCCAUUUUUCACCGAUUUUUAUAGAGAGGUAGUACAUAGACGCAAAAAACCUGUCAGAGGCUGCGAGUUUUAUUUAGACUAUGAAGAAUUCACAUAUAUGUUCGUGGAUGACAUUUUGAAGACUGCCGUCGAUAUGAUCGCCAAAAACUAUAAGAAAGACAUUGUCAUCAAAAAUCGAAGGGAAUCAUCGUCAAGAAAUAUCACGUCUUGGCCCACUAUAGAAAACUUCAACAUCAGUUUGGGAGCGACAAAAAUCGUAGAAUAUAUCGAUGGCACUUCAGAGAUGACAGAGGAUUGGGCUUAUUCUUUAGAACUUGUUGCAAAACAGAGCAGUUCCGUCAGUGACUUCUAUAAAUAUGAGGUAAAAUUCGGAAUUCCCACGAAAUGUUUUCCAGUUGCUCAAGCGACGGCAAGCGUAUACUUCACAUACGAAGUAUCAAGGGUCAGACCAGGACACUGCCCUGUGGAUGUCACCUAUCAAGUUGAAGCAUCCAAUUGCACCAUGAUACCGGGAAGAAACUUCAUUACUGAAGAGUUGUUAUUCAGAGUUGUGGAUGCAAAAAUCAAGUACUUCAAAAAAUUUACUGCCUGAGAUCUUUGGAUCUCGUAGAUGAAGGAUCUCAUGCUAGGUCCACUCAGUAAUUAGGUUAACCAGUUCACAAAUCUCUUCUACAUUGAACAAUUCCGUCCUAAAAAACCUAAAAAACAAUUAUUUAUUACGUUUCUUCUGCCCACCGCCUAUUUAUCAUGAAUAGACAAUUCUUUAUAGAUUGACUUCUCAACUUUUCGACUUACUCUUCUGUAGUGUGUUGAAAUCUGUUAUAUUUUCUGAUUUCGAGAAUGAAUAUUUGUUCGUUUCGGAAUUCCUUUCAAAUCAUAUGGGACGGUUUUAUUAGUGUUAGUUAUCAAAAGUUUUGGAAAUACAGAAUAUGGAGUUUUGAAUUGACAACUAAUAAUACUUUUUCAGUGAUAACUACUUGAUAAACUGCUUCUGAUAAUGGGCGGCAAUAAUCCAAAGAAAACAAUUUUUGAUGAUCUUUUUUGUAGACAUGAAAUUAUUUCUAGUUUCUUCAUAGUUAGAAUUCAUCAACAAUUUUUGGAUUGAAGCUAUCUAAUGAAAGCUCAUUCAUUCGAUUCCAUUCGACUUAUGAAAUCACAAAUUGAUUCUAUGAACUCGCAUAUGCUCAAUAUUCAUUUGUGUGAGUUGUUUAAUUGAAGUGUCAGACAUUCUUUUUUCAGUGCAAAGUAUGGGUACUGCAAAGUAAUAGUACUGCACCAUAUAUUGAUGAUACUAAAAAAUCAUUAUGAAUUUUGUCUGACUGACAAUAUUUCCUAGAACUGAAGACAUGUAUUUUUCUCUCCCGAAACCUCUGGUUAUUUGUAACAGUUCGAAAGGUAUCUUCAGAGAAAUUCGGAUAAACUUUCCAAGUUAUGUCAUGACAUGGAUCACUUCAUUUGCUCAACUAUUAAAUUAGUAUGGGAUCCUUCAUAUUCAUUCACACACACACACACACACACGAGCAUAUAUAUAUAUAUAUAU